UACGACGACUGGACGACUCAGCGAUGGAUAUACGCUUAUAUGGGUAAUGAGUGUGGUAGGUAGGGCACCGUCGCCCCGUAAGAUGUGUUCUCUGGCAUGUCAACCCGGGUCUAGCGAAUCGUAAGCAGCGACAACCCUAUAUUAUACCCCGGAUGAUUGGUUCCUCGAAACGUUGACGCAACGCCAUGGUCGUCUGUUAUUGGUUUACCCCGCUUCCUCUCAUUGUUCCUUCCCCAGAUGGUCAGUGGUCAGGUCGUGCGUUGGACCAGCACAAAGAAGGUGCUAUCAAACUGGUCUGGCACUCGCCCUCCCCUUUAAAAGGCUAUGGUUCCCCUUCCCUGACACAACCUUCUACAUAUUACACACAUCUGGUUUCUUGCCUCGACCUUUCGACAAGAGUGCCGCCACCAAUACCAUCACAUCCCUAUAGAGUGAUACUACCUCAGGUGCAUGUUAAGGAAGCAUCAUACAAACCCAAGACUCCUACAGGCUCAGACUAUUGAUCUGACCUGACAAGACCCCUAUCUAUCAGCCAUCCAUCCUCAACAAAACACUUUCAUCAUCACCAUCAACAACAACAACAACAAACAUCACACAUCUACUUAAACAAACCAAACAUGCCCGUCCGCAUCCCCAAAGCCCGCUCGACAGAAAUCGCGACCUUCGGGUUCGCGGGCGUGGCCGGGUUCGCGCCCUUCUACUUCAUGCUUCCGGGGGCCGAGGAACGGCUAGCGGCACAGACGACACGGUGGGCCCCGCGGUGGGAGCGGAAUAUCAGCUACUUCGCGCCCCCGGCCCAGCGUAUUGCCCAGCGCGUCGAGCCCCGCCUCGAGCGCACCGUGAAGAGGAUCGAUGACCGUCUGCCUUUGGAAAAGAUGGCGAAGAAUGUGGAUAGGAGGAUUAAGUACGGGAUUGAGAAGUUUGGGAAGCAAGAGUAGGGAGUGGUGAUGGUUAGUAUGGAUCGAUGAUGGGAUGUGGAUGGAUUGGGGAUGGAAUGUAUAUAUACCUAGUAGGUACUGGUCGGUUUAUCCAAGGCAUGAGAUAUGAUAUCAGGUAGUUUGGAAGGCAUAUUUAUGAGUUCGGUGUACUUCGUUCCGUUGUCGUGGGCGAGUACGGGCGCUUAGCGCUCUGGAUGAGCAUGAAUGACUCGUCCGGUAUGCAGUAGCAUAUAAUCAAAGCUAUUAAAUGCA